UGACCUCUCCGCCAAUCCCCCAACUCCAUCCCCCCUCCUUCUUCUCUCUCUUCUCCAGAGCUCAAGGUUUACCGACUCCUCUGUUCUUCUUCUUCUUCUUCGAUCACCGUUUGUUUCAAUCUUGAAUCUUCCAAGCCUUAAGGGAAGAGGAAAUGACGAACCAGAAUGUGGUGAUUUCCGACGCCAAAUCGGGCAUUGGCAUGGCCAUAACGGUUGCGAUUCCGUCGGCCGUGCUCUUCCUCGGAACGGCGCCGCCGAUCGCCGUUCCGAGGAAGAGCAAGUCCUUGAAGAAGCUCGAAACCGGGCCCUGGAAAAGUUCCUGCAUCGACUUAAUGAGGGCUUCUUCUCCGACCCGGAGGCCCUCCACGCCUCUCUCUGAAGCCGAAGACCAAAUCCGAAGCUCCUGGGUGCUCCAUGACCGCUCGGCUCUCGACAAAUUCGAUCAGAUUGUGAAUGCUUCGAGAGGGAAGCAAAUAGUGAUGUUUCUUGAUUACGACGGGACUCUCUCGCCGAUUGUGGAAGACCCAGAUCGCGCUAUCAUGACAAAAGAGAUGAGAAAUGCUUUAAAGGGCGUCGCCAAGUACUUCCCCACCGCCAUAGUGACCGGCAGGUCCACAGCCAAGGUCUAUGAAUUUGUAAAAUUAUCACAUCUUUACUACGCUGGCAGCCAUGGCAUGGACAUCAAUGGACCUGCCAAAGGCAGCAGCAAGCACAUUAAAGGAAAUCAAGGGGUUCUCUUUCAACCCGCCAGAGAAUUCUUACCGAUGAUCAAUGAGGUGUAUAAAACUUUACUAGAGAAAACCAAGUCCACCCCAGGGGCCAAGGUUGAAAACAACACGUUCUGUGUAUCUGUACACUUUCGCUGCGUUGAAGAAAGGAAUUGGAACGCAUUAGCAGAGCAAGUUAGAUCGGUGCUCAAUGAGUAUCCAAAGCUUAAAAUGACUCAUGGACGGAAGGUAUUUGAGAUUCGUCCAACUAUCAAAUGGAACAAGGGAAAUGCCCUCAAAUUUAUACUAGAAUCUCUUGGGUAUGCGAACUCCGAGGAUGUAAUGCCGGUGUACAUCGGAGAUGAUCGAUCGGACGAGGAUGCGUUUCAAGUGUUGCGCGAUAGGGGACAAGGGCUCGGCAUUUUGGUAUCCAAAAUUCCAAGGGAAACAAAGGCUUCUUAUUCUUUGCAAGACCCUCACGAGGUUAUGUCAUUUUUGCAACACCUAGUGGAAUGGAAAGAAUCACGAGAGCAAGAACGUUAAUGAAGAUAGUCGGGAAUUUUUUUUUUUUUUUCUUUUUUUCAUGUUCUUCCACCCGAAAUUUGACAAGGGUGGAUGGAUAUUAUGUAAUUUUCUUGGUCAGUUAGAAGGGUCAGAUAAUAAUUUUGUAACAUCAAGAGUAGCUUGAGUAAAAUAAUCAUGAAAAAUCAAGAUUAUUACUAUUUUCUAUAUCA